AUGACCACCACCACUACCAACGCUAGCAACACAGCCUCUGCUGCCUCGGGCCAGGCAAACCACCCCAAGAGCGGCUCGAAGUGCAAGGCUCAGCAGAUGAGCGUGGCCACCGACGGCGAGCCGGCCACCAAGCGCCCCUACCUCGGCAAGUGCCAGUACAAGACCGGCAAGUGCUUCAACGAGCGCACGCUCAAGCGUAACGGCAAUGCUCACUCGCUGUGUGAGGAGCACCGCAUCAAGCAGAACUUGAUCCAGCGCCGCAGCGACCGCAAGUACCAGAAGGAGCACGCGAUCCGUCGUCGGGAGCGCUCGCAGCGCCGCGCUGCGCUCAAGAAACAAGUCUCAAUGGCCUUGGCCCAGCGGCUCUUCAUCGAGCCGCAGAAUGCUUUCAUCAUUCCGGUAUCGCAGUACGAUGAUCUCACAUACUCCACCUGGAGUAACGUGAUGGCGGCUGAAUUCGGCUACCUUGCGCCGCGAAUUCAAGCGCCUCAGCAUUCGUCGGCUUUCAUGCUGGACGGCCAGAGCAGCAUCGGGUCGCCUUUCGUGUUGUCUUACAGUGCCACGGGAGCCACCACAUCAUGGUCAACUACGGGUGUCCACGAUGGACUAUCUCCCAGUGGCAUCGACGACUUCACCCCGUACUCAUUCCAGAAUGUACCAGGCGUCCAAACCACAACAGAAGCACCUCAGUACGGCGAGACCAAGGAAAGCAGCAGCGGUUACGAUUUGCCGGUCAAUUCGAGAUUGGGCGGCAAACAAACGUGGAGUGAAGCCGACCUCGAGUUCCUGCAAAAACUUUUGCAGGUCUAA